UUGGGUGGACACCAGCACCAUUGGGACCAGACACAGGGCCAGGAACAAGCCUUGAAGACCCUUGCUCGGGGUUAUGCGAUUGGGUGCUGGUCCACUACUACCCACUCAUGAAGCCCCACCUGCAUGUGUCCCACUGCAGCCGGACUCCAGUAGGUGACGACGGGACGACACUCAGCGUCCAGAGUGCUGCACACGCAGCAGUAUCUACAACAGCAUGGAGGAUUCCAGGUUGUCACCUUCAAUUUCUUCCAUAGCUUCAAAAAAGGUUGUUGCAGCCCAUCGCAUAAUUACUUCGCGAUCUCCACCAUCGGUAUAUAAACCGGCUGAGAUCGGAAUAUGUUACUGCUGAGUACCUUAUGCAAUCAUGAAAUCACUGGCAGAGGCAAAGUCGAGAUGGAGUCAAACGUUCAAAGAUGGAUCCAACAUCGAGGACCUUCAGCGGGCACUCAGGUUCAACGGUCCGAAUAGUCCAUGUGUCGCCGGUCUGCGGUCCAUAUGCUGGAAGGCCUUCCUUCUUUUCCGGUCCCAGCCCGCUGAGCAAUGGCCAGAACUGUUGCGCGAGACGCGUGCCUCGUACGGCGCAAUAUGCGAUGGGCACUUGAGGUACAUACGGCAUCCCGAGCUGCUCGCCUCCGUCUCGGUUGAUCCCCUGGCCGAUGACCCCGAUUCGCCGUGGAAUGCCGUGCGCAAAGACGAGGCCGUUCGAGCCGAGAUUCUGCAGGAUGUUCGCAGGCUGCCGGACGAGCCCUUCUACCACGAGGAGCGCGUCCAAACCAUCAUCUUGGACAUAUUAUUUCUCUACUGCAAGCUGCAUCCCAACAUAGGCGGCUACCGCCAGGGUAUGCAUGAGCUGCUCGCCCCGAUCGUCUGGGUUGUGGCGCAGGAUGCCGUCGACCCUUCGACCGUCACUGCCGACGAUCCCGCCGACGCUCUCAUCGCCGAAAUGCUGAGUUCCGAGUUCGUCGAACAUGACGCCUUCUCCCUAUUCUCCAGCGUCAUGGACAAGGCGAGCACAUUCUAUGAGGUCGCGAGCGACAGCCAAUCGGAAUCACUACAGAGGAACUCUAUUGUCGAAAGGAGCAAGUACAUCCACGAAGUUGCUCUGAUGAAGAUUGAUGAGGAACUUGCAAUACAUUUGCGGAACAUUGAGGUUCUGCCCCAGAUAUUCCUCAUUCGGUGGAUUCGCCUUUUGUUUGGCAGAGAGUUCUCGUUUGAGCAGUUGCUGGUCCUCUGGGAUACUCUAUUUGCCUACGACCCCAACCUAGAGCUGAUAGAUCUCAUCUGUGUCGCUAUGCUCCUCCGGAUCAGGUGGACUUUGCUCGAGGCCGACUAUUCUGUUGCAUUGCAGCUGAUGCUGAAAUACCCAGCCCCAGACCCUCCCCAUGGACCUCAUACUUUUGUUGACGAUGCCAUCUACUUGAAAGACCACCUUGAUGCUGCUGGUGGCGUCACGCUGAUAUUCAAGUAUACCGGCAAGAGCCCAGCCCUCACGCCCGUACCAACCCCGGGUCAGUCGCGCGUCUCUACGCCUUCGUUCCGUGGGUUUGGUGGCUUGCGCCAACGCACCCUGGGUGCCAGAUCGCCGCUCUCGUCGUCAUCUAGGCUUUUGCAGCAACCUGGAGGCGUUGAGGCCUUACUACAGGGAGCCGCCAAGAACAUGAUUGAGAAGGGAGAGAAGCUCGGCAUCAACCAAGCCGUGCGUGAUGCAAUGGGCGAGAUUCGCCGGAAUGUCCAGGGUUUUCAGGAAGCCCGUGUCCCAACUCGAGGAGGCCGCAGUUCGUUCGCCGAUACCACGAAUAUGUCGUCGGAACAUACCCUAGCUUUGACCUUGAUGGAAAGGAGGAAUCGCCGACUCGCGGCCAUGCUAGAGGAGACGAUCACGAACCUCAAGCUGCUGGCGGUGUCGGGGUCCCAAGACGCAAAAGAGAAACACGUUGAGACUGUGGAGGUUGCCGCAGCUAAGAUUCAGCUUGUCAAAACUUACUUGGAAGAUCCAUCACUCGAUCUUCCUGAAGAGGAGCUUCCUGCUCUCAAUACGCUCACCAUCUCGACGCCCAGAGAGGUUCGGUCGCCGACUGUUGCACUCGAUACCACCCCUGUUGUAAUGGCUUCGUCCGCUGUGGAAGAGACGAGAGCAACUCUGUCGUCACCAUCAUCUGGGAACGAAAGCAAAGCGCUGCCCCCUGUGCCAGAGGAUCCCCCGACACCGCAAGCAAUCGACAAGUCAGACAUCAUGGACACCGAUGUAACUGUCGACCCCAUAGUGGCAUCGCCCAAGUACGACACAAAUCCGGCGCUUGCCAGCCCUGUCGCCGAAACCGAUGGCCGGAGCUCGGAUCCUAUCCUGGCGGCGCCUCCGGAGCGGCCCAAAGGUCCGAUACCGACGCGGUCUACUCUAGCUCAAUCGUCAUUUGCCUGGAUGCUAGAACCGGAUACUACCACCUCAUCCCUACCACGCACCACUCCCUUUUCUUCGAGCACGAAAUCACCCAGCGGAGGAAGCAACAGCAGCCAAAAAAAGCGACACAACCCCAGCAGGGAAAGGAAUGCUUUUCUUUUCGGAGAGGUCACUGCCGACGGGGCUGAUGAGCUGAAGCUCUCAGCAGAUCAGAUAUUCGGAUUGAAGCCUAUUCGGAAAGGUGGAUGAGAGUGCAAAGCUGUACCGCAUGAAGAACGCGCCCGGCAGUCCGGCUUGUGCCCCAGAGAACCAGAUCAAGGGCGAGCCUGCAGUGCCGCCCAAUUC